GUAGGAGGGUGCCACGUGAGAGCCUUGUAAGCCUACGACAAACAAUCUCGGUCAGUUUGUGAGCUGCUGCUGCUAUUUGAAUGGCCUGGGAAGAGGACUGAGAUGGGGUGGGUGGGGGAACCAAGCGCCAUACUGCCCUCCCGUCAUCCUCCGCCCCCCCCCGCAAUGCCUUGGCUGCACCGAAGGCCUCUCAGGUUUCUGCUGAGACUGCAACCUACUCAGGAGCUCGGUCGCCUUAGCUGCCUGCGCUUCCCAUCUUCGCAGCUGUCUCCUGGCCUCCGAGGUUCUGUGAGUCCUGCGGCUGCUGCGGUCGCCCCUCUUGCCAAAGCAGCUCUAGGGAAAUCCAGGUGCAGAAGCAGGACAGCGCCUUGCCCGUUUUUUGUCUUAGCCGCCCGUAAGGGAGAUACGCAGUCAGAGGCAAGAAAGAACGAGAAGCGAGCUUUCCGGGUCCCCAAUUCCCUCCUGCCUCGAUUUCAUUUUGGACAUUAAGAAACCCCCGACUUUUCUCUCCUCAUCUGUUGUUCUGCCGCCUCAUUAACUUCCAGUCUUCUCAAUGCAAUAAAAAGCUAGUGGUAUAUGAAUAUUUCAGAAUAUCGCAGGCAGCUUUGUAAAGCGAUCUGUAUAUUAUUGUUGAGAAGGGAGGAGGUGGCUGAGUUUUUGCCGCUGCGCUUUGGAUGCUGCCACUGCAAGGCGGACUGCCUUGACGCAUUCCGUCGGGGUCUUGCUUUGUGACCACUGCUGCAGCACACGACCACCGCGGCAGUAUCUACCAGGUGCCCCCGAAGUGAGCUUUAUUCCUUUUAAAUAAAUAAAUAAAUAAAGAGGAAGGGGCCAGUCCAGAGCAAGUGGGAAGUCAGUGGAUAUUGCUGAGUCGGCAUUUCAAGCAGUCUCCUUCCAGCCACCGUAUUUAUUUAUUUAUUUUAUAGAGGGAAAGUGUGUGACAGUAGCCGCAAUACAGCAGCAGCAGCAGCAGCAUGGUCACAUCCUGGAGAAAAGCAAAGGGACUGUGUUAAAAGACAAAAGGAAACUGCUAAGAAGGCAACCCCACUCUCACUGUGUUGUUAACAGACCCCAGCCACUGUUCUUUGUUCUUCGAUGCAACCAGAGAGCCUUUGUCCCUCCCUCCCAUAUGAUCAGCACCUUAUACUCCUUUCUUUUUCCAGCCUGGGCACCAUUCAACCUACCCCUGUGCCUUUAUCCUUGAGCUUCCAGGCCCUGAUAUCUAUUCUCUUUUUUGUUUUUGUCUUCCAUUCUCCUUCCUUUGAUUUCCUGCUCUUGGAGCUGUCCAUACCAGGACCUCAUCUCUCCUUCUGCAUCUAUAUCCAGCAUCCCUCUCCUCUGAGGUUCUCAGUUCUUCACUUACUUCAGCUCUGGAGGCUUCUUAUCUUGGAACUCUUCUCCUUGUACAUCCCAUCACGUCUUCUAAAUUCUCUGUCCUUCCCAUCCCUUUGCUGCCAUGACUGUGAUGGCUGGGGAUAAUAUGGAUGAGACUUCUGCUUUGCCAGGCCACCCUCAGGACAGCUAUCAGCCUGGUGUACAUGAUGACCAUGGAUGCUGUGAGAGGGUAGUGAUCAACAUUGCGGGCCUGAGAUUUGAAACCCAGCUGAAAACUCUUGCCCAGUUUCCCAACACAUUGCUGGGUAACCCCAAGAAACGCAUGCGGUACUUUGAUCCACUGAGGAAUGAAUACUUUUUUGAUAGGAACCGGCCCAGCUUUGAUGCUAUCCUCUAUUACUACCAGUCUGGAGGGCGGCUUCGCAGGCCCGUUAAUGUGCCGUUAGACAUGUUCUCAGAGGAGAUCAAGUUUUAUGAACUGGGAGAGGAGGCCAUGGAGAAGUUCCGGGAAGAUGAGGGGUUCAUCAAAGAGGAAGAGAGGCCUCUCCCUGAGAGGGAAUAUCAGCGGCAGAUAUGGCUGCUCUUUGAAUUUCCUGAGAGCUCUGGGCCAGCUCGGAUCGUUGCAAUAAUCUCUGUAAUGGUGAUCUUAAUCUCCAUAGUGAUAUUUUGCCUGGAAACUUUGCCAGCAUUAAAAGAACUGGAAAAGGACUAUACAGGACCCCAAAUCCGCAGUGACAACUCCACCAUAUAUUACAAGUCCAGUAUCUUUACUGGUCCCUUCUUCAUCGUGGAGACUCUGUGCAUCAUUUGGUUUUCUUUUGAAUUGGUGGUGCGCUUUUUUGCUUGUCCCAGCAAACCUGAGUUCUUCAAGAACAUCAUGAACUUCAUUGACAUAGUGGCCAUCAUCCCUUACUUCAUCACUGUGGGUACAGAGAUGGCUGAGCGGGAGGGGCCUCAAAAGGGGGAGCAGGCCACUUCUCUAGCUAUCCUGAGAGUCAUCAGACUGGUAAGAGUUUUUAGAAUCUUCAAACUCUCCAGACAUUCUAAAGGCCUCCAGAUUCUGGGACAAACCCUCAAAGCAAGCAUGAGGGAGUUAGGUUUACUAAUAUUUUUUCUCUUCAUUGGGGUGAUUUUGUUCUCCAGCGCGGUGUAUUUUGCUGAAGCUGAAGAGCCUGCCACUCAUUUCGACAGCAUCCCCGAUGCUUUCUGGUGGGCAGUGGUAUCCAUGACCACUGUGGGAUAUGGUGACAUGUGCCCUGUGACAAUUGGAGGCAAAAUCGUGGGCUCCUUGUGUGCCAUUGCUGGUGUGCUAACAAUUGCCCUGCCUGUACCUGUCAUUGUGUCCAACUUCAACUACUUCUACCACCGAGAAACAGAAGGGGAAGAACAGGCUCAGUUACUUAAAGUUAGCUUUCCUAAUUUAGCAUCUGAUGGUGAUCUGAGUCGUCAUAGUGCCUCUACAAUCAGCAAAUCUGAGUACAUGGAAAUUGAAGAGAACAUGAAUAAUAGCAUAGACAAUUUUAGAGAGGCUAACCUCAGAACUGGCAACUACACCAUAGCCAACCAAAACUGUGUCAUUAAAAGCAAGCUGCUGACCGAUGUUUAAAAACAUGUAAAGAAAAACGUUGGCAGCUUGAAGACUUUAAGUGAUCAGCAGCCACAGUUUGUAGAUGCUUUACCUUGUAAAUGCACUGUUGCAUUGCAACUUUUUGCUCAGCGAUUCAAGAAGGUUUUCAGGAUCCAUGAAAGAUAAUUUACUUUUUUGUUUUAUUUUAAAAAGGAUAUUUUCCAAUUGGUGGAAAUGGUUACUUAUAACUCUUUGGACUAGCCUAGGUAUAAAUAUAAAUUGUAUGCUUCUAGCCCUACACAUUUCCCCAUAACUUUAAAUUUUUAACAAUUUUAAAAAUCAGCUCAAGAGGACUUAAAAUAUGCAUGGAUUUCAGGAAAUGUUUCUACAAAAACUGCACAAUGCAUCCAAGAAAAUGCAUCCAAAUAAUAUUCAGCAGUAAUGUGCAGUAAGUAUUUGCCAUUGUUUAGACUGACCGACAUACAGUAUAUAUUUCCUUGCUUUGUGAAAUUUUUUUGUAGUUCUGAUCUACAGAAUCACAUGCGGCACCUUAUAAGUAUAUGCCAGGGUUUUUUUGUUUUGUUUUUGCUGUAUACAUUAUUAAAAUUGAAGAAUUAUUAUGUAUGGGAGGGGGACAGAACAUCUGCAAUGCUGCUAAGGUUUCUUAAGUGCAGAUGGUUUCAACACACUUUUCCCCCUUUUCCAGAAAUGUUGUUGCAAGAUAGCACAAUAGAAUUUAAUAUAAGCAUGUUUGAUUUUGAUACUAUUUUAUAACUGCAUGCCUGGAACAUUACCUCAGAUGAUAGGAGAUAAGCUUUUGUUUGAAUUGAUUUUGUUUAAAGUAAGCUUUCUUUUGUUUCAGUUUGCAUUCACCAAAAGUGCACUCCUUUUUAUUUGUUAAGUAUAUGAUUAGUAACUUAAAAGUACUGUAUUUAAUUGCAUAUAUUAG